GUGAAGACUCAUUGGAGAAAGACUUCUCUGUGAUCAAGCUUCAGCUGACUUGUUUGGGGAGGUGGACUGGUUCUGCUGCUGAGGUGAUGAGUGUCCCGUCAUUCCUGUCAGUGAGCAUGUCAGCCAACAUGUUUCUGAUUGUCCUCUUUGUGCCAGGGGCUCUGACUCAGUGCCCUGAAGAUACAGAUCUCUUCAUCACUUCACCUCAGAGGAUGGAGGCUCUGAAUGGAUCUUGUUUGCUGAUCCCGUGUAACUUCAGCGCUAGAUAUAGAGAAGGGAUUGAAAAUCAGUUUGUCAGCACAAGAGAAACAUUUGGACUGUGGGCUAAAGACAAUACAAACAAUUUGGUUUUUAACAGUAGUGGGACAGUUCUCAAAUAUCCAUUCAGCAUAACUGGAGACCUGAAGGAGAAAAACUGCACCACUCUGUUCUCCAACAUCAAUGCAACAUUUAAAGGCAUUUACUGCUUCAGGAUCAUGAACUGGCCGUUCAGGGCAACAGCUAUAUGUGACCCUCUGAACAUAACAGUGAGAGAUUCUCCUCCGAGCCCCAGAAUAGAGAUCCCAGCAGGAGACCUGAAGGAGAAGGAGUCUGUCACUAUAACCUGCUCAGCUCUCACUCCCUGUCCACACUCUCCUCCUAAACUCACCUGGAGUCUCCAAAGAGACUCUCUCAACAACAUGGAGGAAAACACAGAUGGAACCUUUACAACUCAAAUCCAGGAGAGCAUCACUCUGUCAGAGCACCAUGAUGGAUACAACAUCACCUGUUCUGCCACAUAUCCUGUGAAUGAAGGCAGAGAUGUGAGGACAGCAGAGGAGACAAAGACUCUCAUUGUUUCAUAUGCUCCUAAACACACCUCAGUGUCCAUCAGUCCAUCAGGUUUGGUGUCAGCAGGUACCCUGGUUAACCUGACCUGCUCCAGCAGAGCCAAGCCUCCUGUCAGCAGGUUCACCUGGUUCAGGAUCAGCAACAACAGACCUGUGAACGUAUCUGAAGGAGAGUCUUACAGCCUUAAUGUGACUGAAGGAGGAGUUUAUUACUGCGUGGCCACAAGUGAUCUUGGUAAUCAGACGUCUUCAAGGAUUCAUUUGAGUACUUCAGCAGAGAGCUCUUUUGGCUCUCUACCGUUGGGUUCAGCUGUCGGAGCGAUCGUUGUUCUCCUCCUCAUCUGCCUUGCUGUGUGUGUGUGGUAAGUUUCACCAA